CUAUCUCUGUCUCCUAGUUAGGACGGGUCUACCACUAAUAUUAGAAGUGCUCCUGUCUUCUCCUGUCAUCUUCAACAUCAUCUUCAUCUCGUUCGACUUCAAUCGCAAGAAGAAUCUUCGAACAAUAACAAAAAUGGCACCAAUAAUUGUACAACAUCAUCUUCAUCAGCCUUUGGGACCAGACGUGACACGAUCGCUGUGGCAAUUGUGGGAUCAAUUUCACGCGUGGCUGGCACUGAGAAACGUGACAGACACUUAUGUGGAUACGUUGAGACAAAAGGUCUCAAGAUGUGCUGCAGCUGAAGCAGCGGACAAUAGUAGAAGUGGCGGAUCUAGCGGUGAGGAGUCCGGGAGUUCAUCGGAUUCAACAGGAGAUGCGGGAGACGAGGAGAACGAAGACACUGGAAUGGAGGAAGAAGCAUGUGCAGCGGCAAAAAUGCGGAUGCCUAGAGUGUUAGAGGCCAUUGAAGACAGUGCGGCACAGAGCGGGCAUCAGAUGCGUCGCCUACGAGAGCAAUUGGAUAAAGCGCGAGCGCUUGUGUCGGAAUUGCAAGAAAAAGCAAAUUCGGAACAAGAAAUGAAAGCAUCGUCUGCAAUUAACGUGGAGGACGGACACCGACACGGGGGUGAGGACGAAGUACAAGUAGAAGCACAUGGUAAAAAUACUGAAGAUGAAGAUGAAGAAGAUUCUACGAAUAUCAAUACACAAGGACAAGAAGAAGAACAUGUUGAUGGAGACCACAACGACAUGGACGAGCAGGAGGUGUGAAUGGCCAGAGGCAUUGUAAGUAUGUCUUGACAAUCGCACAUCGGAACAAGGCUUUUUUUUCUUGACACGGACAUCACCCGUCUUUUUUUUGAUGCGAUAGUUAGACCUGGUGAUGCACAACAUCAAUCAGGAGGACGAUAUGCAUGUCAAGUCGUCGUUUUUUUUGAUGCAAGAGACAGAAGGGCCGUUUGCAGGUACCCAUUUAUACUUACAGUCAAGCCGAAGAAGUGUAG